UAGGUGCCAGGUUGCCAUUUCUCAAACACGCCGUACUCUUCACUACCACCACAAUAUUUCCUCCCGGGAGAGAGAAUUCAUCCUCAGCCUCAUCUUGAUCCUCACCAUUCCCACCAAAAACCAAUCAACAAAAAGAAAAAAAAGGAAGAAAAUAUCUCAAUUCCAUUUCAUCUUCGCUGCAAAAUCCCUCCAAAUUCCAGUUCCAAAUCUCUAAAAUCCAUGGUUUCACCUUCAUUGCUUGAACCCCAUCCAUUGAAAUGGAACCAAUUCCCAGUUCAUUUCGUCCAUUCUCCUUCUCCAUCAACGAGUGGUCGCUGUCAUCUCUACAGACCCUUUGUUCUACCCAAGAAUUUGAGAAUGGGUGGGUCUAGCUCUGUCAAAUUCGGUGUUAGAUGCUUCUUUUCCAAGGAGGGGGGGAAGAGUUUGACAACUUCGAAUUCCAGGUUGGAGCGAUUGGUCGAUGGAGAUAAACCCAAAAGGCCAAUGGAGGUAAUUGCCAAUUCGAUUAUGAAUGCUCUCAUGGCGUUGCGGAAGCCUGCGAUUGCUGCGGUGUUGUUGGGAUUGCUGUUGAUGUACGAUCCUAAUUCUGCGUUAGCCGCUUCUGGUGGACGUGUUGGAGGAAGUGCGUUUUCGUCGCGCUCGUCUUCGUCUUCGAGGAGUUACUCAACUCCGUCGAUGAUUUCUGGUUAUUCAUAUUCUGCGCCUUAUAGUUCGCCGUCGUUGUUUGGCGGCGGCGGGAUUUACGUUGGGCCGGCGGUUGGGGUCGGAGUCGGUGCCGGAUCAAGUUUUUUCUUCAUAUUGGCUGGUUUCGCGGCGUUUCUUCUGGUUUCGGGAUUUCUCUCCGAUCGGUCCGAUAGUAGUGUUCUCACUGCUUCUGAGAAAACUAGCGUGCUUAAACUUCAAGUUGGGUUGUUGGGCAUGGGCCGGGGACUCCAAAGAGAUCUAAAUAGAAUUGCUGAAAGUGCUGAUACAUCAACCCCUGAGGGUUUGAGCUAUGUACUAACUGAAACGAUUCUUGCGCUACUUCGACAUCCUGAUUAUUGCAUUUCAGGUUAUUCAUCUAUGGAUCUGAAACGUAGUAUAGAAGAUGGAGAGAAGCGUUUCAAUAAAUUAUCAAUUGAAGAGCGAGGGAAAUUUGAUGAGGAAACUCUUGUCAACGUGAAUAGCAUCAAAAGACAGAGUACAAGCAGCCAGAGAACAAGUGGAUUUAGCAAUGAAUACAUUGUGAUAACAAUAUUGGUGGCUGCUGAGGGAGUGCACAAGCUACCUGCUAUCAAUGGUAGUGGGGACUUGAAGGAAGCUUUGCAAAAACUAGCAUCUAUUCCUUCCAGCAAAAUAUUGGCAGUUGAGGUUUUAUGGACACCCCAGAACGAGAACGACACGUUGUCCGAGCGUGAACUCCUGGAAGAUUAUCCACUUCUAAGGCCUCUAUAAGUAUGUGCGAAAAUAUAUUCUUAUUCUUAACUUCGCUGUACUUAUCACAAGGAUAUAUAAUGACACUAGAAUAUAGAGAGCUGUCUUGACAUGGGAAAAGUGUAUAUAAUACCAUAUCAGAAAAUUGGUCAACAAGUUACUAAAUUUAGUUCAAAUUUGGAUGUUUUUCAUUCA